AUGUCGCCUUCCGCUGAAGACCACACGAUUAGUAAAACGAACGGCACCGCCAACGGGACGACCAACAAUCAUACUCCUGUUCGUGAGGCUUCCGCCAGCUCAACCUUCACUGCUGUCAACGGGACCUCAAACUCGGUUUCCAACUCGAAUCCGCGGCCGGCGGAAUCCAUCCGAGUCGCGGGGCCAUCGCCCCCUUCAGCAGCACCACAACCACCACAACCACCACCUCAGGCGCAUUCUCCCAGCCAUCAACUCCAACUCCAAAACAACCACCACAACCACCAUCACCACGCGCACCACAACCACCGUAGCCAGACUGCUUCUCACGCUUCCCAGUCUGGCAGCGGGGACGAGGACGCCGGUGACCACAGCGAUAUCACAGGCUCCAACCUACAAUCUCCCGUAACCCCGAAUUCUCACCCUGAUCCGAAAUACGCUCAGGCUGCUGCCGAUAACAGGCCCUUGUCUGUUCGCCCUUCUGGCAGUCCUGAAGGGGCUAUCCAAAAAAGGAAGAGGUCGAAUUCCGCCGAAGUUGGGAAUCGUGCUGAAAACUACGGCCAGAUCCGGGAAAUGUCGACUGAGGUUGUCCAGUACCAUGGUCAUAGUAUGCCGAUGACCAAUGACACCCGUAUGGUGGAUGUAUCUGACGGGCCCCGAGACGAAAUCAUGCCAGACCGCCAUGCCCCUGAGCAUAUCGCCCAGAGAGCCAGCGAGGAAGCCGCCAAAUUGGAGGAUAUGCGAAACCGGGACCCAGCCGUCUUCGAGGCUCACGUGGCACAGCAACUCCAGGGGACACCACAAAGUGACCAUAUCCGUUCAUACAACCCCAACAUGUCUCCGAACAUGACUACCAUCAACGGGAACGGCCCGACUACUCCCGGUCAGCCUGAAACGAAGCGGAAGCGUAUCUUUAGCAACAGGACUAAGACCGGCUGUAUUACAUGCCGAAGGAGGAAGAAGAAGUGUGAUGAGGGCAAACCUCAUUGUAAUAAUUGCAAGCGUGGAGGAUUUACUUGUGGUGGAUAUGCUGGUAAGAUUAAUCCCUUUCUGGGACCACUCACUCCCACCGACGCUCCCGGACAUCCUCAACAUCUAUAUAACGACGCCGCGUCAACCAACUCUGGUGCAUCCGGCUCCCUCUUUGCACGAGGCCAACAAGCUGAUUCGAUCUUGGCAAACGGUCCAGCUCCUAUUAAUGCCAGCUUCGCUACUAUAACUACUCCUAUUAUGAGAACAUCCCAAGAACGUCCAGUUCAACUUCCUCCACCGGAUUAUACUCGCCACCAGCUCCCCCAACCUCCACAGCCCAUCGUCAUUCAACAGACAACCAUGCCACCCGAACCAAAGCCGUUCGGCGCUACAGGAUUAUCGCUAUCCGGCCCUGCUCCUCCACCACAGGUCCAACCCAUCCGACGAGACUCUGGAGUCAACCAACACCUAUCAGGCCCAGAGCCACCGAAGUCUCAACCUCAAAUUUCACCGUUUUCUGGUCCACGUGUUCCACCACAACCACCACUUCCUCAGAGAUUCUCGUCGACUGAGAAGGAGAGGAUGCUGAAUGGUGACCUUUUCCAUGCAUUCACGCCAGAGUUGAUUGAAGAGCGGGAGAGAUGCCGCGCUGCCUGCUGGAGAUUCAACAAUGCUGCGAAUCCCACAUUGUGUAUCUCUCGGGAGGAGAAGCUGCGUUUACAGAUGGAAAUUUUUAGACCGUCUGCAGGGACUAGAGGCCCACAAGGAACCGCUUGGCACGGAGAUAUCGCAAAUGCCCAUUUGAGAAAGAACUUGGGCAUGCCAGAUACCGUUUACCCGGUUAAUGAGGAGCCAUGGAUUGAGGUCCCCUUUAUGUGUGACUACGGUUACAACAUCACUCUUGGCCCCGGUGUCUUUAUCAACUUUGGUUGUACCAUUAUUGAUACAUGCUCUGUGACCAUUAAAGCCCGAACGCUCAUUGGGCCCAACGUCAACAUCUACUCUGGUACCCACCCACUGAACCCUAGAACCCGUAACGGGACCAAGGGCCCAGAGUUUGGCAAGCCAGUAGUCAUCGAGGAAGACUGCUGGAUUGCCGGAAACGUCACUAUUCUUCCCGGUGUAAAAAUCGGCAUGGGUGCUACCGUCGGCGCUGGCGCUGUUGUCACCCGGGAUGUCCCUCCCCACACCGUUGUCGCCGGAAAUCCCGCCAAAGUCAUCAAAGGCAUCAUGGAGCACGAGUAA